AUGUCAUCGCUUUUAUCUGAUGAAGACGAGCUUUUCAAUGGCUUUGGUAGUGAAACUCUCAAAACCGGAAAUCAUAUGGCUCGAAGAGUAAAAAGAUGGAAUGAGAUUUCGUUGCAACCUAAAAAUUCGACAGAUUUUGUGGCUAGAGAUGCAAUUCAUGAGGCAAAUUUUGACGAUAAGGAUUAUGUCUCACCAGGGCAACUGUAUACGACAGAAUCAGGAAGAUUAUUUCAUGCAGGCAAAAUUUUAGUUGCUUUGGUUGGUUUGCCUGCAACAUCCAAAACGCUAGUAUCUGUUGCUAUUUCAAGGUACACUAAAUGGCUGGGGGUUAGGACAAAAUUAUUUCACAUAUCAGAAUACAGAAAAAAUGAUACGGAUAUUCCAGAUGACUAUUUAUCUGCAGAGCCUCAAAGCAAUGAAGGGAAAAUUUACAAAAAUCAAUUGGUUGAUAAAGUAAUCAAUGAUAUGGUUUUCUUUUUUCAAGAAACAAAAGGACAAAUAGCAAUCUACGAUUCUUUAAACAUAAGAAAGGAUGACAGAAGAAAAGUUCAGGAAAUGUUUGACAGGUGGGGAGUGACGGUGAUUUUUAUAGAAUCAAUAUUGAAAGACAUUGAUCUGAUUAACAAGAGCAUUGAGAAUGCAAUUGAUUCAAGUGAUUAUAAAAAUUGGGACAAACAAGAAGCUCUUACAAAUUACAAAAAAAGAUUGGCGCUAAACGAAUCACUAUACGAAACAAUGACAGAAGCCGAAAAUACUAGCUUUAUUAAGUACAUCAAUUUUGGACAACAAAUUAUUGUAAAUAAUAAUCAUUCUGGGUAUCUAAUCAAUAAAAUUGUUUUCUUCUUAAUGAAUCUGAGAGAUAAAAAAGGUCGUGUUUACUUGGGUCGUUGUGGAACUAGUGCAUCUGAUAAAUAUUUUGACGAUGAACUAUUAAAUGAAGAAGGUGUUCGUUACUCGAGGGUGCUGACAGAUACUGUCUUGAACAGAAUAAAAAAUAUUAGGAAAAAACAAUUCAUCAAGGUUAAAAACGAGAACAUUGAUAUCGAUGAGGAGUUUGAUCCCAAUUCUUUGAUAGUAUGGACUGGGCCAAGAAAAAGAACAUAUGACACUGGUUUAUUUUUCCUUGAGGAAGGGAUUGAAGUGCGUCAAAGAAAUCAGCUCCGACAACUACAUCCUGGUGCAGUCGGGGACUUGUCUGAAGAAGAGGUUCAAAAAGCAUAUCCUUGUGAAUAUAAGCAGUCACUAAUUGACCAGUAUCACUAUAGGUUCCCUAGGGCAGAAUCAUACCAUGAUUUGGCCGUGAGAAUGGAGCCUUUGCUAUUGGAAUUAGAGCAUAUGGACAAAGAUGUACUAAUCAUUGCCCAUGAAUCUACCCUGAGGAUACUUUACGGCUAUUUAAUGGCGUGCACUGUUAUUGAUGUCCCAAAAUUGCAGUUUACUAGAAAUGAAAUUGUAGAACUUUCAUUUGGACCCUUCUGCAACACGAUUGAAAAGAUUCCUUUGAACAUAUAG